AUGGCACAAGAUCUUCUACAACCACAGGAAACUAAAACACCAGAAGAAGUUGGAGAGGAACAUUUUAAGGAUCUAAUUUCAAGAUCAUUCAUUCUUACCAAUCAAUAUGGCUUAUUUACUAUGCAUGAUCUUGUAAAUGAUUUAGCAAAAUUUGUCUCAGGACAAUCCUAUUUAAGAUUAGAUAACCAUUUCUCAAGUGUCAUUGUAAGUAAGACUCAUCAUUUCUCCUAUAAAGGACGUAAAUCCCAUAAUAGCAAAAAAAAUUUGGAUUGGGGUAAAAAUAAGGUGUUGCGCACUCUUCUAGUAUUGGAUAAAUAUUACGAAGUUAGAGAAAAAUACUUGAUGCAUCCUGAAGAGUUGCAAUCAUUGCAAUACCUAAGAGUGCUUUCUGCAGAUGCAUAUUACUUCAAUGAAGGUCAUCUCAUCAUGAAGAUAACUCUACUAUUGAAUGGCUGUACUGUGUUUAUUGGGUUGCCUAAUUCAAUUGGAAAUUUGAAACAUCUAAGCUACAUGAAUUUGACUUCUUCUUCUAUUGAAAAGGUACCUGAAUCAUUAUGUAAAGACAAUGGAUCUAAUAUUAAAGAAUUAGGUAAGCUUCAAAAUCUGCACGGUCAUCUUGGUAUUAGAGGACUUGAGAAUGUAAUAAAUGUUGAAGAUGUUUCAAAAGCCAAUGUGAAGGAUAAGAAAUGUCUCACUAGUCUGAGAUUAAAAUGGAGCGGUUAUACUGAUGAUCCACUUAAAGCACGCGAGUUAACUUCCUUGGAAGGCCUCAUAAUUCGUAGAUUUGAGAUGGUGGAGAAGAUUGGCAAUGAAUUUUACAGCGAUAGUGAUGGUGAUGGUUCUUCCUCUUUUGUGAUCACUAAGCCAUUCCAAUCCUUAAAAAAGUUAAGAUUUUCAAAUAUGGUAGAGUGGAGGGAGUGGUCAUUGGUGGAAGUGGAAAGUGCUGUUUUUUCAAAUGUUAAGGAGGUUUUUUUGUCGGAUUGUCCGAAGCUAAAAGAAGUAUGCUUACCGAAUAAUCUUCCAUCGUUGGAAGCUCUUCAAAUAUGGGAAAGUGAUCACUUGGUUGCCUCACUCUCAAUGUGUCAAUAUCCGUCACUGGGUUUGCUUAAAAUACAUUCAUGUCUAAAGAUGAAGACAUUUCCGAAAGAAAGAUUGCCCUCCAAUAUUCAUACCAUUCAAAUUGACCAAUGUAAUGAAUUGGUUUCGCUAUCAAAAGAGGGAUGGCCUUUAAAUUUAAAAUCACUUGAAAUUAGAUACUGUAAAAAGCUAUUCGUGCAUACCAACAGCAUGAAGUGGAAUCUAGGAAUGCUUACAUCUCUGACAACCUUACAACUCUCGUCGGUAGGUGAAGUGGUGGAUACAUUUCCAGUGGAGGAAGGAUAG